ACUUUAAUUUUAUUUCUAGUACUUGGCACUUUAAAAAACCAACCAACAUUCAUUUAUUCACCCGCAUUUCCCUCAUUUCUCAUUAACUCAAAAUCAACAAUGGCGCUUAAGAGAACCGUAGAAAUUCCAACUCUGCUCCUCAUUUUCGCUCUCCUCUGCAACUUCUCCUCUGCUCUCCAGCAGAAACUCGGACAAACAUGCGCUGCGGACCGAAAUUGCGAACAAGGACUUCACUGCGAAACUUGCUUGGCCAAUCGCAAUGUUCGCCCUCGCUGCACUCGCAUUCAACCUCUCAGUCCUCUCUCCAAGGUGAAAGGAUUGCCGUUCAACAGAUACUCGUGGUUAACGACUCACAACUCGUUCGCUAGACUCGGCCUGAAGUCGCCUAUUGGUGCUGUAAUUGUCGCUCCUACUAAUCAGCAGGAUUCCGUUACGUCUCAGCUUAAUAAUGGUGUUAGAGGAUUUAUGCUUGAUAUGUAUGACUUUAACGACGACGUCUGGUUGUGCCACUCCUUUGGUGGGAAAUGUUACAACUAUACAGCCUUUAAACCUGCAAUAGAAGUCUUGACUGAGAUGCAAACUUUUCUUGAGGCAAACCCUUCCGAGAUUAUAACCAUAUUUAUUGAAGACUAUGUUACAGCACCCAAGGGUCUGUCGAAGGUGUUUAACACCGCCGGCCUAAGAAAGUUUUGGUUUCCAGUAUCCCGAAUGCCAAAAAAUGGGGGUGAUUGGCCCAUAGUUGAUGAUAUGAUUCAGAAAAAUCAGCGGUUGUUGGUCUUCACUUCAAAAGCUAAUAAAGAGGCUUCUGAAGGGAUUGCCUACAAUUGGAAAUAUGUAUUAGAAAAUCAAUAUGGUGAUGGCGGGAUGGUAGCUGGUUCAUGUCCAAAUCGUGCAGAAUCGCGUCCUAUGAACACAACCAAUGUAUCCCUAGUGUUAGUCAAUCAUUUUCCUACUGCACCAGAUCCAGCUACAGCCUGCAAACACAAUUCAGCUCCAUUAGAAAGUAUGUUGAGCACCUGUUAUAACGUGUCAGGGAAAAGAUGGGCCAAUUUUGUGACUGUUGACUUUUACAAGAGAAGUGAUGGAGGUGGAGCUCCAGCCGCUGUAGACGAGAUGAACGGUAAACUAGUAUGUGGAUGUGCCAGCAUUGCAGAGUGCAGGCCUAACAUGACAUUUGGAUCGUGCAAUGUUCCUCAAGCCGAUAGCAACCCACCCAUGGUAGCACCCAUUGCAAGCACUGGUGUUUCGAGGCAAUUGCUUCCGUCCUGGUGGAUGAUCGGGUUCGUUUCCCUUGCCUGUUUGAUGUCAUUGUGAAACUAGUUUUUCAUAGCUUGCUGUCAUUUGUUUAAUUAACAAUUUUACCUUCCUUUUUCUUUUCUUUAUUUUGGAGGGUAGGGUGUAUGUGACGAAUAGGGUUAUAUUUUAGGGACAAAACUUCUAACUUUCUAGGCACAAUGCAGAAAUCAAAUUACGGAUAUCAUUUUCCACUUACUAUGAAAUACGAAGUACGUCGGAUAUGAUUACUUUUCCGGUCCCACUGUAUGUAUUAUGAAUCUUAUGAUGUGUAAUAUAAUGCUAGACUUAGUCUC